CGGAGGAACAGUCCUCAGCUCUCCUGGAACCCAGCAGCAGAGACACCGUCAGCCGAUGAGGCCAAGCUAGCGGCUCCCUGCACCCAACAAGCUCCUGCAGACUUCCUCUCUCUCCACCUGUUCGCUCUCGCUCUCUCUCCCUCGCUCCAGACCGCCCCAUCAUGCCUCCUCAGAUCCAGUCCCAGAACCAGAACGGCGUCAGGGUCCUGCAGGGCGACGUCAGCGCCCUCAGUCCGGCCGUCAGGGAGUUCGUGGAAGCCAACGUGACCCUGUGCCAGCCCGACUCGCUCCACAUCUGCGACGGUUCUGAUGAGGAGAACCGAGCCAUCCUGACCCAGCUGGAGGAGCAGGGCCUGAUCAAGAAGCUCAGCAAAUAUGAGAACUGCUGGCUGGCCAGGACCGAUCCGAUGGACGUGGCUCGGGUGGAGAGCAAGACGGUCAUCGUCACCCAGAACCAGAAGGACACGGUGCCCACGCCUCUGGGAGGGGGAAUCAGCCAGCUGGGACGCUGGAUGUCCCCCGAAGAGUUUGACAAAGCCAUGAAUCAACGCUUCCCCGGCUGCAUGAAAGGUCGUACCAUGUAUGUGAUUCCCUUCAGCAUGGGUCCGGUGGGCUCUCCGCUCUCCAAGAUCGGGGUGGAGCUGACCGACUCUCCCUACGUGGUGGCCAGUAUGAGGGUGAUGACUCGCAUGGGGAAGGCUGUGCUGCCCGCUCUGGAAAGCGGCGAUUUCGUCCGCUGCCUGCACUCUGUCGGCUGUCCCCUGCCACUCAAAAAGCCACUGGUGAAUAACUGGCCCUGCAACCCCGAACAGACCUUGAUCGCCCACAUCCCGGAUCGCAGACAAAUCAUCUCGUUUGGCAGUGGUUACGGAGGAAACUCUCUGCUGGGGAAGAAGUGCUUCGCUCUGCGCAUCGCGUCCCGCAUCGCUAAAGAAGAGGGCUGGCUGGCUGAGCACAUGCUGAUCCUUGGAGUCACCAACCCCGCCGGGGAGAAGAAGUACAUGGCGGCAGCCUUCCCCAGCGCCUGUGGAAAGACGAACCUGGCCAUGCUCUGCCCCACACUGCCUGGCUGGAAGGUGGAGUGUGUCGGAGACGACAUCGCCUGGAUGAAGUUCGAUAACCAAGGUAACCUGCGUGCCAUCAACCCAGAGAAUGGAUUUUUCGGUGUUGCACCCGGCACCUCAGCCAAAACCAACCCCAACGCCAUGGCGACCAUCAUCAAGAACACCAUCUUCACCAACGUGGCGGAGACCAGCGACGGCGGCGUGUAUUGGGAGGGAAUGGACCAGUCGCUGCCUGAGGGAGUCACAAUCACAUCCUGGAAGAACAAGCAGUGGAGCCCAGAGGACGGUGAAGCCUGUGCUCAUCCCAACUCCCGUUUCUGCACUCCGGCCGGACAGUGCCCGAUCAUCGACCCGCUGUGGGAAUCUCCGGAGGGCGUCCCCAUCGAGGCCAUCAUUUUCGGAGGACGCAGGCCUGAAGGCGUUCCCUUGGUGUACGAAGCCUUCAGCUGGCAGCAUGGGGUGUUUGUCGGAGCAGCCAUGAGGUCGGAGGCCACGGCCGCGGCCGAACACAGAGGCAAGGAGAUCAUGCACGACCCCUUCGCCAUGCGUCCAUUCUUCGGCUACAACUUCGGUCAGUAUCUGUCUCACUGGCUGAGCAUGGCCGAUCGCCCCGGUGCCAAACUGCCCAAGAUCUUCCACGUCAACUGGUUCCGCAAGAGCCCGACCGCCGGCUUCCUGUGGCCCGGCUUCGGCGACAACAUCCGGGUUCUGGACUGGAUGUUCCGGCGGGUGAACGGCGAGGCCGGGGCCAUGCCGUCCGCCGUGGGCUACCUGCCGUGCCGCGACUCCCUCAACCUGCAGGGCCUGCGGGAGCAGGUGGACCUGGACGAGCUCUUCGCCCUGGACCAGGAGUUCUGGCAGAGGGAGGUGGCGGAGGUGAGGAACUACUUCACCACGCAGGUGAACGACGACCUGCCCAACGAGGUCUCCCGGCAGCUGGAUCUCCUGCAGCAGAGGGUCAAGCAGAUGUGAAGGACUCUCAACAGUGACCACGAUUACUCUCCAGUUUGAGAACAAAAGCAGUUCGAGAAUUAAAAAACAAAUGAGAAAUUCUAGAGGACAACUCUGAAAUUGCACCAUGAAAUUCUAUAAUAGAAUCUAAAAUAUUCCUUCAUUAUUGACUGAGGAACUUCUCUUAGUGUUUAUCUUCUACAGGAAAGGAAUGAUUUCCCUCAUAAUUCUCUAAACCUGUUUGAGUUCUUUAGUUAAAUAUACAACUAUUUUUGGAAUUUCACCAAUGAAUGUGUCAUUUUAAUGUCAUUCCAAUGUGUGUCUGUCUAUUUAAGAAUAAGUUAUUCUAAACGCACAUCAUGCUUUCAGUGCAUGCUCGCUCAACGCCAGUCGUUUGUUUGACUCUUUCUAACAAGAGGCGGGGAAUUAUGUUUUCACUUCCUGUGUUGGUUUGAAUGUUUUAAUUUAUUUUUAUACUGUGCUGAUAAGUCUUGUUCUGUUUUGUGUAAUCCAGAGCUUCCAGAAAGGGAGAGAACAAUAAAAAGUAUUUAAACUCA